AUCUCGCGACACGUGUUCCUAAUCGUCUUCAAAGUUAGUAAUUUUAACACGUAGGACAACCACGUGUACACUAUAUCCUUUGCCCUUUUUAAAACCGAAACACAAAAGCGCUUUAUCCUUUUGUCCUCUUUCUUCCUUGUUUCAGAUUGUUUUUUUUUGUUUUCAGUUUUUCUUCAAAACUAAUGAUCAUCACAAACAAAAAAAGCAAUAAAGCUUUAUUAACGUUGUCGCGCCGUCGCGUUAUCUCUGAGACUUUAUUACCGUAUCUAAAGACUUCAAAAUAAAGCAAACUUUCUCCCUUUUUUAAAAAAAAAUUAUAUAUUCAAAGUUGGCACAAGUUCGAAGCUAUUCCCGUCGGCGAUGCCUUUUCACACGAAGAUCCAACCGAUCGAUGCAUCGGAAGAUCUGCCGAAGAUGAAGCAGAUGCCGAAGUCGCGUUUGAAGCGUCUCUUCGAGCGUCAGUUCAGUAUCAAGAACACCACCUCCGAGAGAUUAUUCACCGUCGGCGAAUUUGACGCGCCGCCGCCGCCGCUUUCUAGAGGCAACUCCGGAGAUCUCGAACCGAGCUCUGUCUGUUUAGAGAAGAUGGUUGUAAACUUCAUCGAGGGUAACAACAACAACAACAACAAGAACAAGGAGGAGGAGAAACAGAGGUGUGGUCGUAGCCGUUGUAGUUGCUUUAACGGGAGUGGAACAGAGAGCUCUGACGAUGAAUCUGAAUGGUCUGAUGAUCUCAAGUGUUCUUCCGGUGAAGCUUGCGUGAUGCUCAAGAGUUUGGUUCAAUGUACGAGCAUCUGUGAGAGGAAUCUUAUGGCUGAUGUGACCAAGAUUGUGGAAACAAGUAAGCGUAAAGACCAAUCUUGCUUGAAGAGCCUGGUCAGUGUGUUGGUGAGCUUAGGUUACGAUGCAGCUAUAUGCAAAUCUCGUUGGGAGAAAUCUCCUUCCUAUCCUGCUGGGGUAUAUGAGUAUGUGGAUGUGAUCAUCCACGGCGGCGGCGAAAGACUGUUGAUUGAUAUUGAUUUCAAGUCUAACUUCGAGAUCGCUCGUGCGACAAAGACCUACAAGUCUAUCUUGCAAACAUUGCCUAGUGUUUUUGUAGGCAAAGCGGAUCGGUUGCAGAGGAUCCUCCUGCUUCUAGCUAAAGCAGCAAAGCAGAGUUUGAAGAAGAGAGGACUUCAUGUGCCGCCGUGGAGGAGACCAGAGUAUGUUACAUCAAAGUGGCUGUCUGCUUACGUUCGUGGAGAAGACAAGCAGGAAACGGUAGAUAUGUUGAUUGCAUCGGUAGGUUCCAUAGUCUUUGGUGUUUGAAGAUUGUGUGAAGCUUUGUUAUAUUGACAUUUUAAAAAAAAAAAGAGCCUCUGGAGAGGUGUUGUGAGAGAUUAGAGUAGUCCCUUAUAGUUUUUGAUAUUUAAGGGUAUGAACUGAUGAAUCACAAUGUGUCUCCUCCCCUUAUCUUUUUUUUUGGUGUAAGGGAGACUGUGAUCAAACUCUGUCUUUGCUUUAUGAGAUUAAUGAAUAAUUAUUUAAUAA